AUGCACUUCUCAACCACCACCCUGAUCGCCCUCCUGGCCUCCACCGCCGCCGCCGCUCCCGUCUCCACCGUCGCGGCCACCUGGACCAUCAACAGCUUCAAGCGCACCUGCAACGACGCCGACACGGUCUGCAAGGUCGAGUUCGGCAUCAACGGCACCGCCUGCAGCUACGAGGUCAAGGCGGCGUCCGAGGCGUCGCGGGCCAGCGUCAGCGGCGUCGUCUGCGGUCCCUACCAGGUCACGAGCGGCUGGAGCGGCCAGUUCGGCCCGGGCAACGGCUUCACCACCUGGAGCGUCGCCGACUGGAGCAAGAAGCUCAUCGCCUUCCCCAGCUACGCCGACCGCGACAUCCCCAACGGGCAGGUCGUCACCCCCGACAGGAGCUUUGCCGUGCAGGCGCUGUGA